AGCCACGGUGCUCAUGACGAGUCAAAGUAGAGUCAUGGAGCGACCCGAGCUUCGUGCUGCUCUUGCCGGGGCCGCCAUGAUCGCGAGCCAACUUGGAGAUGCUCCAGCCUUCCUCUCGGCCGCCCGGCCUGGCCACGUUGGGGCCAUGGGAACCACGGCUGCCACGCCUGCCACGGCUGUCCCAGCCAGUGGGGGGACGGCCACGGCCACCCGGUGGGGAAUGGGCCUGGCCACGGCUGGGCUCUGCGUCGCCCGUGCCGGGCGCCGCGCACGCCGCGUGCCACGGCGUGCAGGGCCCGAAAUGGUGGAAUUUCUGCAGCAUGCCCAGGCACAGAUGGGGCAGAUGGGAGAAGCCAACUUUCUGCAGCAAGUGCAGGAGUUUUGCCAACAGGCAAAUUUGGCCACAGGAGAUCACUCAGUUCCUGCUGAGGUUGCUGCAACGUUGCAGCAGUGGGCAGAUGGUCUGUCGGAAAAUGCGGGUCGUUUGGCCCAUGAGAUCGUGCCACCGGCCUAUGCAGCAGAUUUGCCGCCUGUGGAAUUAGAUCCCAACACCACCUACCUCUAUGGUCCGGAUGGCGCAGUCUUGGUGGAUCCCAUGAACAACAAGCCCAUCACGGAUGACUGGUGGAACGGCUUCAUUGGAUUCCAAGCAGGUCUCAUCAAAGGCAUUGAUGCCAUCUUGCGUGAGAAUGGCGUGGAACAAGCCUUCGGCUGGACCAUCGUUUUGUACACCGCCUUCAUCAAGCUCUUGUUCUUCCCCUUGCAGCAGGGCCAGCUUAAGAGCACCUCUAUGAUGCAGUUGCUGCAGCCCAAAGUGAAGGAGAUCCAAGAGAGAUACAAGGACGAUCCGGACACGCAGCAACGACUUUUGGGACAACUCUACUCCGUAAUGGACGUUAACCCGUUGGGUGGCUGCUUGCCCGUCUUGCUUCAGUUGCCCAUCUUCUGGAGUUUGUAUGGUUGCUGGCGCCGUCUGGCGGCGGAGAAGUUUCCCCACUACACAGAGGGCUGGCUCUGGGUGCCUUCGCUGGCGCAACCCAACCCGGAUUUCCAGUUUAAGUUUGAUUGGCUCCUGCAGUGGAAAGAUGGUCAACCUGAGAUGGGAUGGUCGGACUACCUGGCGUAUUUGGUCUUUCCCGCGAUUUUGGUUGGCUCCACUAUCAUCCAGCAGCAACAGGCAUCGAGCAGCAGACCCAAAUCUGGGAACGAAGACGAUCCUCAGAACGUCAUGCUGCAGGUUCUGCCUUGGAUCUCCGUGUAUUUCAUUGGCAGCUUGUCACUGGAAUUGCCACAGGCUGUUUCUGUGUACUACUCGAUGAACACAGCCUUUUCGGUGGCACAGACACAAGUAGUGAAAUGGGGCCUCCGAAAGGAAAUUGCUGGUUAUGAGGAGUUUGAGAGGACAGGGAAAUUCCCUGACGGUGCCUUCGAAGAUAUGGUGAGGCAAGCUCAGGCUCCCCCAACGACCUUGCAUGAGGCUGCCUUGCGCGGAGAUGUGCAAUAUAUUGAGGAGAUGCUGGCAGAGCCGGAAGCUGACAUCAACAAGUGGGACGAGAAGCAGAUCGCGCCUAUAGGCUACGCAGUGGCUUGUGGCAACCUCGACGCAGUGAAACUCCUGCUGGAGCGAGGUGCGGAUGUCACUGUGAAAGAUGGCCAGGACAACACAUUCUUGCAUUACGCUGCUGGCUAUGGCCAGAUGGAAAUUCUCAAGGUUCUGCUGGAUGCUGUGGAGAAGGAGUGGCCGGACAAUACUUGGAACAACUUUCGAAACCG